GCUAGCAAAAAAGAGGCCAUGGCUCCAUCCCACCAAAGUGAGCUACCUCUUAAUGAGAAUGACUCACAAGACAUGGUCCUAUGUGAAGUCCUAAAUGAGGCCAAUGCCCUUAUUAGCCCCUCAUUUUUGCCCCCCAAAACCCAAACCAAGGCUACAAAUGCCCUUCAACCCAACCCUACAAUAGGGAAAAAGAAGCACUAUCGGGGCGUUAGGUGUCGUCCAUGGGGAAAAUUUGCAGCUGAAAUUCGCGAUUCAGCGCGACACGGUGCACGCGUGUGGCUUGGCACCUUUGAGACCGCUGAAGAGGCUGCCAUGGCCUAUGAUAGGGCGGCUUUUAAGAUGCGCGGUGCUAGGGCUCUCCUUAAUUUCCCUGGUGAGAUGGUGGGGCAAAAGUUUGAUCAGAAUUUGAGCUCACAGAGAUUGGAUAAGCAUGGUUGUAAUUCAAGUAGUGGAAGUUCUAGUGAGGCUUCAAGUGGGAUGUCAAAACCAGAAUUUUGAGUUCUACAUGUCCAUCAUGCACUUGUUGGGACAUUUUAACCUUGUGACAUGUUACAAUAGGAUGAAUGAAUGGUUUAAGUAAGCCUUUUUUUUGUUUAUAUAUAUAUAUAUAUAUAUUAUUUUUAA